AACGAUUCCGGCAUUCUGGGCAGAGAAUCACAAAAUUGAUAAACUGGCAAAGGCAGCGUAGCAACUCGCGCAAGCCGGAUAGAAGUUUAGCUGCUGAAACACGCUUUUCCUGGGGAAAAAUGGUGAAACUGGUGCUUGUUGUUUGCGGCUUCGCUGCCGUACUUGCCGGCGCGUUCGUGCAAGCGGCGAUUGACAUGGAGAUAGAAAACAGAGCCGUCGAUCGGACGAUAGAUCUGACCUCACAAUUGGUGAAAAUUUCCUACAAAAUAACUCUAGAACACAAGUCGAAGCUGCCCAUCAGCACUUACCUGUUCGUUGUGCCGGAAGUGGACCGAGAGAAGUUGUCCUUCAUCUCAGCGAAGGAUUCCUCCAAGAAGGAGCUGAAGCUCACGGAAACCACCACCCCGAAGGGGGUGACGUUCAGCAUGACCCUGCCGGCCGGUGCAUCGAACCCAGUCGUAUACAUCGAGACGGUGUUCACGAAAUCGCUCAAGCCGUUCCCUUCGUCCAUCACCCAAAGCGAACGGCAGCUGGUGCAGUACUUUGGCAACGUUUACUUCUACUCUCCGUAUCCGACGGUGACGCAGAAAACGACGGUCCAUCUAAGCUCCCGCAAUGUGGAAAGCUACACGCAGUUCAAGCCGAGCGCCCAAUCGGACAGCACUGUUACGUACGGACCGUACGAUAACGUGGCAGCUUUCUCCCACGAACCGAUGACGAUUCACUUCGAAAACUUUACUCCAUUCCUCACCGUGACCCGGCUGGAGCGUACUAUUGAGGUAUCGCACUGGGGCAACAUUGCCGUGGAGGAAACGAUCGAUAUCGUCCACUCGGGAGCCACGCUGAAGGGGGCGUUCUCACGCUACGACUACCAGAAGGAUGCCCGCUCGAACCAGCCCAGCGUGAAAUCGUACAAAACGCUUCUGCCGGCCUCGGCCACCGGUGUUUACUACCGUGACACCAAUGGCAACAUCUCCACCUCCGCUCUGCGCACACUGAAGGAUGCGGUCGAGCUGGAUCUUCGCCCACGGUUCCCCCUGUUUGGCGGCUGGCGCACCCACUACACGCUCGGUUACAAUGUGCCGAGCUUCGAAUACCUGUUCCAGAACGGCGACAACUUCCUGCUGAAGAUGCGCGUGAUCGAUCACAUCUUUGAUGACAUGAUGAUCGACGAGGUCGUGACGAAGGUUAUCCUGCCCGAGGGUGCCAACAACAUUAAGCUGAUCGCGCCUUACUCAAUCCAACGGCACCCGGAUACGCUGCACUACACUUACCUGGACACAUUCGGCCGUCCGGUGAUUUCCUUCAGCAAGCGCAAUCUGGUCGAAAAUCACAUCAACGACUUUAAUCUUAAGUACAACUUUUCACGCGUCAUGAUGCUGCAAGAACCGUUGCUGGUGGUGGGCUUCCUGUAUGUGCUGUUCUUGUUCGUGAUCAUCUGGAUGCGGCUGGACUUUUCCAUUAUCAAGGACAAAGAGCCACAUCAACACAAAGACUAAGUAGGCGGUCGAUGAAAUAACCCAACUUUCAUCUCCUUCUUCUUUACUUUUAUUGCACAUUCUCUUUUCUCUGUGUAAUUGGUCCGCUAUUCCAUCCAUGACCUUCUUGGUUACACGUGUCUUAUGUUUUAAUUUGUCCUUCUCAAAUGGACGCUACCACCAAAAGCGCAUGGAGAAAAGUAAAGUAAUCACGUGUUUCAACGUUUGCAUUUCAGAACCGCUAGCACUAGCGCUCGUUGUACUGAACUGAUCGCGCGAGCAGCAAAUAUUCCAAUUGCGUUCUGCUAACUAGUUGCGCCUCUACACACAAACACAAACAGUACAUGGCAGAGAAAUAAAAAGGAAAAAACAAUAAACUCGAACGAUUUAA